AUGGCAGACGACGAGGGCGCAUCCCCGCGUGAACUGGUCGUUGAAGCAUGCCGCCGCGACCAGCAGCACCUGAUCGAGCAAGUGCUGGACGGCAUGUCCGAGAAGACCAACGAAGAAGUCGCCGAGUUUUUCAACAGCGUCAAGGACGCUCUGGGGAAUUACGCGCUGCAUAUUUGUGCUUUGUAUGGCAGCUAUGAUGUCAUGGACGCCCUCUUCGACAUCCAAUACUUUGAAUGCGACCCCGUAACGCGCGUUGACCAAGACACGCCAUUGCACGUCGCCGUCCGCUACGCCAACGAAAAGGAUCAAGAACUCGGUCUGGAAAUGGUCUCGAUGAUGUGCGAAGCCGGCUGCGAUCCGCGAGUACGCAACAAAUCCGGGCAGAAGCCGGUCGACCUGGUUUUUGGGGCUAAUACAGAACUCAAGUCUGUGCUGCAAAAGGCAGAGUAUGUCUUGAAUGAGAAUAUACAAGAAGAUGUGGAUGGGGAUGGGGGUGCGGGCAGUGCCAGCGAUAGCGAUUGA